AAAAGACUUGAAAAAAAGGACCCAGGUAGCAAGUAGCUAUAUAAAUACCGGUUUCUGGAGAGUUCUUCUUUGAACCUUAGCAGAGUAAGGAAUAACCAAGAAGAGGGUGGUGGUGGUGCUGCGGCGGCUUUUAAAUUUCUUUUGUUUGCCAAUUCGAUCAAUCUUUCCCUGCGCGGAAAUUAAUGCUAAGGUUCCGAGUUUUGGUUAAUGCACAUUCAGACUUGUCUUUAAUUUAAUGUUAUAGCCUAGGCAUAUACGCACAAGGUUCUUUGGGCUUUUUCUUUUUCUUUUUCUGAGAGACAGAAUUUUGGUUUGGUUUGGUUUGGUAUCAUCAAUUUGUCGACAAGAAAGAAUCUUGGGGUGGUCAUGGUUUGAAGGUUGUUUUGUUGCUGAGUCUUUUGUUUUUGUCGUGUAUUCUCAAGAAUGGAAAAUGGAGGAGAAGAGAGAGGGAAAAGCAAUGACUUUUAUCAGGUUUUGGGGUUGAAUAAGGAUUGCACUGCCACAGAGCUGAGGAAUGCUUAUAAGAAACUUGCACUGGACAAAGAAAUGAAUUUCUGGCUGGGUUCCUGCCAUGCCAUGCGCAAAAAUUUGACCACUCUUUUUUUCAUUUCUUGUAAUUUAAUCAAAUGGGUCACAAAGUUUUAAUCUUUCUAGUGUGAAACAAACAAAUCCAAUGCUAUUCGGGCCUCCUCCUUUUCUAUCUCUUAAAAGGGAAAGUAAGAAAAAGCUGUGUUUUUGUUUGGGACAGAAAUGGCAUCCAGAUCGAUGUUCAGCUUCGGAAAAUUCCAGGUUCGUUGACGAAGCCAAAAAGAAGUUUCAGACAAUUCAACAGGCCUAUUCUGUUCUUUCUGACACCAACAAGAGGUUUCUUUACGACGUAGGUGUUUAUGACAGUGAAGACGACGAAAAUGGAAUGGGUGGAUUUAUGAAUGAAAUGGCUGUUAUGAUGAGCCAAACAACGCCCCAUGAAAACGUGGAGGAGAGCUUUGAGGAAUUGCAAGGAUUGUUUGAGGAGAUGUUCCAAGAGGAUUUGGAUUCGUUUGGGAUUGGCCGUCAGGCUACUACCUGUGUGUCAUACAGCGAAAGCUCCAACUCAAAUGAUAAACGUGUUUCUGUCGAUAUGAACUUGAAGAAGAGUAAGGUGGAUGAUUCUUCUGGCUUCAAUUCUCACGUCGAGAAGUUCUGUUUAGGGGUGGAACACCAGCAAUCUUUCAAGAAGGGGAAGGGAGUAAGAGGAGGAGUUCAAGGAGGAACCGGCGGUAGAGAGAGGAAAGGCAGGAAACAAGAAGUUUCAUCUGGCUAUGAUGUCUCCUCCCAUGACCAUGGUAUUUCUGCUUCAUGAAUCAUGUUGCAGUCAAAUGGUUGAUGUUACUCCAAAGUCCAACCUUGAGAAUUUUGGCCAUUUCACCCCGUUGCGUUGGCUGAUUCAAGAGAUGAAGGCGCAUUUGCUGGCCAAAUUGUACUCUUGUGCAAAAUUUUAUUCGAGUUGAAGGGUGUUGAAGCAAACAACAUCAUUAUCGCUGAUGAUGGAAGCGCAAAAACCAAACCUGGUUCAUGGAGAACGGCAAGGGUCAUAGUGAAACUGUCAUUGUGAUAAUCCUGUCUUGCUAUCUAUGGUGACAAAGUGCCUCUAUUGUCAGUUUUGUUUCUCCCACUCCUUUUUGAUGUUCAUACCUUUGAUUUCAAGCAAUGAAAUUCUCUUGUGGGCUCUUAACACACAGAA